AUGGUCCGCGCACUCGCCGCCCUCUCCGUCCUCUCCCUCGCCCUCUCCGCGCUCGCUGCGCCCCUCGCGGUGCCGCGAGACGACCCCACGACUUCCCUCGCGUUCGCGUUCGGCCCCGGCCACGCGCCGCCGACAACGCGCACCUCUUCCACUUCCACGUCGACCACGAGCGAGGCGUACGUCCCGCCACUCGAGGUCGACUUCCUUUCCAGGCGCACGGCGAAGGAAGAGCCCGCCCCGCUCGAGGUCGACUUCCUCUCCCGCCGGCAGAGCGACGCCGGGGACACCGACCCCGUCGAGCCGGAGUGGCUGUCGCGCCGCGGGCGCGGGUACGGCGGGUACGGCGGACACGCGUCGGUCUCGACGAGCUGCGAGGACCCGCUCCCGACGCGCGAGCCCGAGUUCCUCUCGUGA